CGAGAUUGGCUUUCUGCUGCAUAUUGCACACAGACACCGGGCUAAUGAAAUAACUAUUGGACCGGCGAUAUGAACUUUAUGAUGUGAGGACUCCUUAAUGUCAUCCUUGUUGGGGCUCGGCAUGGCGCAGGAGGAGGACGAACACAGCCUGGAGGCGAAAUUUGCUGCUGCAGUUAAAGUGAUCCGGAGUUUGCCUGAAGAAGGUCCUUUCCAGCCAUCUGAUGACAUGAUGCUGAUGUUCUACAGUUACUACAAGCAGGCCACCCUGGGGCCCUGCAACAUCCCCAGACCAACUGGCUUCUGGGACACUCGUGGCAAAGCUAAGUGGGAUGCAUGGAGCUCUUUGGGAAAUAUGACAAAGGAGGAAGCCAUGAAGAAUUACAUUGAGGACAUCCAGCUGAUUUUGGAGACCAUACCAAUCUCAGAUGAAGUGGCUGACCUGGUGCAGCAGCUAGGCAACUUCUACACAGAGGUAGACAGAGAAGGAGAAGAAGCUGAAGAAAAUGAGGUGGACAGGAGACCCUUCACCAGGCCCUUUGCACAACAUACAGGUAAGCUGGUCAAACCAUUUCAGAAACCAACAAUGGAAGGCUAUGGGGAUCUGUGGGAUGAUAUACAGAACCUGCAGGAGAAUGACAAAGACAGCUGUGAUCAUGGCAAAAGUGACAGUAGCACAGAGGGAAGCAAAGAAAAUAGUGAAAUUGAGAAAAAAGAGGAAAGUAGUGAUUGGAAAAGUGAGGAAGAGGAGAAUGGGUAUGAAGAAGACAAUACAGAGGAUGAAGACCAGGAGAACGGAAAAGGUUGGAGUCCUGACUCGAGGCUGCUGACAGUGGAGGACAAGAGGUGGAGGUCUGACACCAGGGGGUCCAGCAGCAGCAUCGAGGCCAGCAUGUCCUUCACCAACGGGACACACAGCUCCCUCAACAGCGAGCUGGAGGAGGAGGAACUGGCCUGUUCCAUAGAGCCGAGUGUGCAGUGUAACUCCUAUAUGCACUUUAACGGACACCUAAAUGAUCGUAGUGAUGCUGUUCCUGAAAAGAACCAUCGAUCCACAGACUCAGAUAAUGAGGAAUUCUGUGACUCAAUGGAGCACCUGGCCAUGGAAGAGGGGCAGUCCACAUCAAAAAUCCUGUCACCUGAAUCGGGGGCUGCUUCGGUGAGGCAAAAGGAUCUUUGGUUUGAGAGCAACACUUCCUUGAAUGGAGGAGAGGAUCAAGCACUAAUUAGAGAUUCCUUCCAGAAAGAAGGGAUUAGCACAAGCCAACAUAACAGCUCCUUGUCAAGAAGAAGCAGAGGUUCUCAGUCGCCAAGGGCAACCUGCAGCUCUCAGCGGUGUGCCAGCGUGGAUGCUGCCUGCUGUUCUGUGUCACAGAGCAGGCAUCCUGUCAAUGCCGCCAGAGGAAAUGUCAAUGAGCAAAUAGCUACAGCUCUGCUGAGGUUGCAACAUGACAUGGCCACUGUGUUGCACAGGCUGCACGCUCUGGAGGCGCUUACAUUGUCACAGUCAAGAUCAUCUUCGCCAAGGCAGGAGGACACCCUACCUGUAGCACAAAAGUUCCUGAGACCGUCCUGGUGGCCUUUUGACUUGUGUCCACUCACAGUGGCGUUGACUGCACUCUGGCCUCUGAUUGCCCAUUGGCUUGUUCAGGUUUACCUAGAACGGAAGAGAAGGAAAAUCCCCUGAAUCAUCUGACAACCGUCGGCAUCAAUCAGACAUGAACAUGGGUUAGAAUUGUUGCACUUUUGUUGCUUUGUGGCUUUUUCAAGCCACAACCACAGCCUGCGUGUACGGUGGCACCAGUAUGGAAAGGCUACCUGAGUUACAUGAAUGGUCAGAAAGCUGUUUAAAGGGAGAGUCUGCAAUAUAGUGUAGCAUUAUGACGUCAUGGAUAUUUUAGGUGUUUCAGUGAGAGAAGAUUUAUACAUUAUGACACAUUUUCUUCGUUACCGUUAGCUUAGCAUUAGCUGGUGAUCCUAUUUAUGACACGUUUCACAGAUAACCAGGAAUUCGAUAUACACAUAACUCACAUAAAUGAGUCAACUUUGACUUGAAAAAAAAAUCACAAUCACACAGUAGCUGUGGAUCAUGUGCAAUGAGUUUUUCCCCAUUGUCAUUGCAGUUUUAUUUGUUGUGCAUUUCAUUGUUUAUUUACGUGUAUUCUCAUGUUUUUGUCAGACACAAUGUUUUUCUCAUAACUAAGGACAUCAGCCUUUUAUAUUUAUUGUACCGAAUAUAGACAUAUUUUAGAGGCAUUUUUUCUCGACCAACAUGGUAACAAAUACAGUUAUUUAUGUGUAAAAUUGUAUAUUUAUUGUAUGGCUUCAGUGCAUUAGUAUCAAAGAUCGCACUUUUUAAAAAGUGACAUUUAAAGUAAAGACAUUCCAUAUAUUUAUUCUUGUGUCUUGUCGGCUGUGCAGUGAAAAUGAAGAGUACUCGGUUUAAGCAAGGGUGUCAUGUUUCAUAAUGCACUUA